AUGAUGGCAGCCUCUGGCGCUCCGGAGGUCAGUCGUUUCGGCCUCUCACAAAUCUAUGCCCCCAUUGGUGGGGGACUUGUCGACGUCGUCUUCGUCCACGGUCUAAAUGGUAAUCCACAUAAUACAUGGACGAGCGAAAGGUCAAAGACCUUCUGGCCUGCACAGCUGCUACCACCUAUACUCACUGAUGAGAGAGCACGGAUAUUGGUGUAUGGAUACGAUGCGGACGUCACAUCGUUCACAGACGGGGUAUCCACAGACAAAAUACACAACCACGCCGAGCAUCUUGUUGCGGAGCUGGUAGCCAACAGGCGGAUCCGAAAAGCUUCAGAACGUCCCAUCAUCUUUGUCGCCCAUUCUCUUGGCGGACUUGUGGUCAAGCGUGCCCUGAUUUACUCGUCCGAGAUCCGUGGGAUCUAUACUGAACAUCUACGGUCGAUAUACGUAUCCACGUUCGGAAUACUGUUCCUUGGUACCCCUCACAAAGGCUCGGACGUUGCGGAAUGGGGCUCUCGCCUGGAGUGGAUCUGUAGCGUCGCUCUACCAAGCAGGCUUGUCGACACCCAGCCUCAACUGGUGGAUGCCUUGAAGAAGAAGAACGAAACUUUACAAAAUAUCGACCGUCAAUUCAUACAGCUUAUGAAUAGAUUCCACGUCUAUUUCUUCCACGAGGGGAAGCCUACCAAUCUGAAAGGAACCUUGAAAUACAUUGUCGAUGAGGAAUCGGCAUCUCCAACUGUUCAGGAUGUCGAACGUGCUAGUAUCCAGGCGGAUCACUCCCACAUGUGCAAGUUCGAAAGCGAUGCUGCUCCAGGCUUCGAUCUGGUGGCCGAAGGGAUACAACGAUAUGCAGGUGAGGCACCAGCAGUUGUCAGUGGACGUUGGGAUGAAGAAAAGAAGGCACGGCUUGCGCAGAAGCAAGCUGCAGUUGAGGAAUUGAUUCCAGGUAGUUUGAAAGCAACGCCUCAAACAGACUCAUCCAGCACCAACUCAUCUACGCCUGAUACCUCACAAAUACUUCCACCAAAAGAUGCCCGCAACCCUCCACAGAUUGAGUCAAAAAACAAUGCUACCAACACUCCAGUCUCACCUGUCAAGCCAACAGAGCCCUACUUUAUUGUACCCCCCGGCUUUCGCCCAAAUACAUUUUUCGUGGGUAUGGAGAAGGAAUAUCAAGAACUAGAUCGACGGCUCUUCGAUAAGAGACGGCGCGAUGGAACGGCAUGCGUACUUCUACAUGGACAGCCUGGCAGCGGCAAGUCCCAUCUAGCUCGACAAUACGUCAACAAAAACCGAAAAAAGUUUGGUGGAGGAGUGUUCUGGAUCACAGCCAAGUCGAAGGAGGAAAGAUACCACGCCUUUUGGAACCUCAAGCAAAAAGUCGUCUGUCGAGACAAGCCAGAACUGUGUGACGGCAUCAAUGGCAAGGACUUUGUUCCACUGGUCAAAGCCUGGUUUGAAGGACGACAGGAGUGGCUUGUGGUCUUUGAUGGCGUCACGGUUGAAAGAGAUGAAGACACCACCGAUUUCGCGAAUUUCGUACCGGACAGUCGAAACUCGAGCAUUAUCUAUAUCUCGAGAGCUAGGAGUCUCGAGUCUAAGCAACGACUACUACGGCCAUUUCCUAUCAAAGUUGGACCUCUGAAGGAGGAUGACGCUAAGAAGUUGCUUUUCAAGGAACUGCACAUCAAAAGGCCAACAGAGGCUGAGAAGAGGAAGGCAAAUGAGCUGGUUCGGAACAUCGGCGGUCUGCCUUUGGCCAUCAAUGCCAUCAGUCAGCGCCUGGCUGACACCCAUGAGCCUCUUACAAAGUACAAGCUAUCAUACAGCGCUGAUCCGACUAUCGAAGAGACCUACAACAAGAUUCUGGACGAUCUCCAGCGUCUGGGUCAUAUGGAAGCAUGGAACCUAAUACAUAUACUAUGCUGGUUUGGGCACGAGAUUCCGGUAGAGAUGGUGCACCUUGGAUUAAGGAUCCUUCGCACCAAUGUCGAGGUCAGGGCAACCGAGAUUGGAGGGAGACCAGAUAUAAACACUACGUUUGGAGAGUUGAGGCGGUACGCACUUAUCGAAAGAAACGAGCCUGACGACGUGGACUCCAUGUCAUCGAGCCGGAACAGCCUGGUCGACCCAGAGCCAAUCGACAUGCUCAAAAUCCACAGCGUCGUCCAGAACUUCUGUUGCGACUCGCUGAACACCAGAGGUUUGCUCCCACAAUGGCUGGGAUACGCUGUGGGGCUGUUCUCUUUCUCUUACCACCAGGCAGAUGUCAAGAUCAAACAUAGGCCAGAUACUGCCCGGGUUUCUGAUUAUCGAUACUACAAGGUACACGGUCAGAGGCUCUGGGAUCACUCUGUGCAUUACGAGAGCAAGACCCAAGAUCUUGGGAGUAUAAGGCAGAUCCUACAGCCAACAUUGAGCAUAAUCAAUGAAGAGAUCCUGCAACACGAGCCUAGCUCGUCCCAGGAAAGCUUGAAAAAUGGCAUCUUCCAGAUCUCCAUCUUCGACAGGACAAGUAGCAGCUCGGAUUCUGGCCCAGGUCCUCUCACGCCUGACCAUCGACCUACUCCCCCGCCACUCGACAAUGAGACUCUGUUUGGAUUCCCAAAGGGCAAGACAGCAGACUCGCCUGGAAGCUUUGAUGCUGCUUCAGUCGGAACACUUCCCAAAAUAGUCGGCUACAGCCCGCGACUGCCAGAUUUGGACGACAUCGGUUAUGAGAGUGAGCAAGAAGGUCAACGUACAUCGCGUCCUAUGCAGCAGGAUCUUUCUGGUCAUACCGCACGGCCCUCACCCCCGUCUCUCGCACCACCUACAGCUAAGACCUACAAUGAAGAUUGGCAAGUCGUGCCGUCAGCCUGGAAGCCAAGAAAACCCCGUGGCCGUCGUGAUCUAGGAAGCUUUCGGCCUACUACGGCAAGACCACAAAUAGACAGGAGGAGUGUGGCUGGAUCUGUCGUUCAGUCAGACCCAGAUGAUAGGCAGGUUAGGGAGACUUCUCCAGCCUUUAAGUCGCUAAAGAAAGUGCAAUCCCGUAGUCCUCCACCUUCGCGAAACGGUAUAGCAUCACUUUUCCAACGUGGACCACUAGGUCGUACUACAGCUCCGCCUGUCACGCAAACAACGUGGGCCGGCAUUGCAGCGGGAAGAGCAGGUCAGCAACCGCAACAACGAAGCAAUGGACCAAGUUCCGCUACUGCUGGUCGACCUGCGGCACCUAUGAUCAUGGAGCGCGGUAGAUCUCGUGAAAGCUUGAGAAGCAGGCGAGAUAAUGCUCGGUCGUCCCCUUCGCCUUUGGGGUCGGAAUUCGUACCGCGUCGGGGGUCAGCAGCCGAUACAGGAGAGGAGAACGUUCGCACGGGUCCAGCGUAUCCUGCCUAUACGAAUGAGCGCCCACCGGCCGGUUUCCAGUAUACUAAUCCUUAUCCAGGGUCCAGUUCCAGUCUUGCGCAAAUAGCACAAGGGCGGCCUAUCGACAGGAACUUGCCAUAUUAUAACCCCCCGCCACUGGGGCCCAAUUUAGCACCUCUUCCAGUCGAAGAAAGUAUCACCAUCACAACCAAGCGUCCCCUCCCUCCUUACCUCUACGAGCAGCCACCGUCGCCCUUCUUCCCGCCACCAGAAUCUCACUACUCAUCGCAACCGCAAAGUCGAACCAGUCCUCAUCAACCUUAUCAACAAGUGUACAACGCGCCUUAUCCGCCACCAAUUAUGCCUGCAAUACCAAAAGGCUACUACUCGCAACCCAUGUCACGCCAUCACUCCGACCAAUCUCGCGACUCUACAGCAGAAACAGACCCAGUUCGCUAUCCCUCAAACAUUUCACCACGGAUUCUACCCUCCGACGCCCUGCGGGAAAGACAUUCAGACGGCCGCCCCUUUCGCAAGUCUCCCAAAACCGACUUCGCCCGACCCAUAUACUCAGCUCACUCGUCCCCACGCAUCCAGCCCCACGACCUUUCCCACACUGGCGGCUGGGCCUACCCAUCGCCGUCCCACUCAGCCCCGGAUCCCUACGACAUGUCCAUGUCCCGCUCGUCGUCCGGGCCUGGCGUAGCAGUCUCAGACGCACCUAGUAGAAUUAUACGUUUCGACAACGCAGGCAGCGUGCAAUUUGGUGAACACCAGCCUAUCAGUCUUGAAGAAGCGAGACGGAGGACCAAGCAGCAUGCCGUGAGGUUGCAGGACAGGCACAGGGAGAUGGAGGCGUUGAAGGAGGUGGAUGAGGAGAGUUGGAGGCGGAGGAGGGUUGAAGAGUGGGAAAGGCAGAAAGGAAGGGUUAUGCAAGAGGGAGAGGGGAGGAGGGAGAGUGCACCAUAUCCGGAGAACAAUCUGAUUCCGACUGAAGAAGGGAUCGUGAGAGAAGGUAGGCCAAGGGGGUUGAGUGCGCCGAAUAUGGAUGAGGCAGUGGGGUUGGGUGUGAACCUGGGUUGA